AUGACAUCUUCCUCUCGAAUAUAUCAAACUCCAGAUAGCGUUAGAAAUGAAGAAUCAGUUUUCACAGGAAUGGAAAAAAAAGAUCAUAAUAAAAGAAUUAUUACAUUAUUAAUUCUUGCUCCAUUAUGGACCCUUGUAUUUACCGUAAUUCCGGUUGUCGUUAAAGUUAACGGCAUUGGUGCUGAUAUUUAUAGAUUUGUUGAACCAAUAGUUUCAUUACCACUAAACUAUUUUAUUUUGGCAUCCUCCGAAAUAUUUGACCAUAAUAGUGAUAGUAAACCUUUUGUUUGGGGCUUAUCUGAACGUGGAUUUUUAAACGUAUGGUUUAUGGUCGCAGCUGCAUUUUACGCACAAGGUGCUGGAAUGCAUUCUACUGCAAUCCUUGCAAAGCAUUGGCUAAAUGAUUUAAUCGCUGCAAAACCUGAUAUUGUAACAUCAUAUCCCGAAGUGAACGAUAUGCUAUAUUAUUUUCAAACGACACUUGAACAUGUGAUCGGUCAUUAUAUGUACGCUUUCGGUUCAGCUCUAAUAUCUUGGUCACAUUUGUUUGCUUAUCGACGUCAAGUACACAAAGAAAUCGAAUCCAGAAGUAGAUUAGCAUUUUGGAUUUUAAGUGGAAUUACUUAUUCUCUUAUUUUAGGAGGCGUAGCGAUUGAAUUUCCAAAAGGUAAAAGAUUGGUACUCCAGUCUUAUCUUAUUGGUUAUUUUAUCGCUUUCUUUAUAAUUGUGAUUUGGGUGAUUGCAAUUGGUGGAUUUAAAGAUAGAAAGAGUGCCGGAGUUCUAGCAAAUUAG